UCUGUAAAUAGCAGCCAUGAGGCUCCCGGGCGCAGUGUUCUCGCGGGUCCCCGACAGUCAGGACGCCACCUUCGCCUGACGUGCGCUGCAGGAGCCAGCGUCCCGCAAGCGCUCGUGAUGAAGAGGGAUCUGGCUCUGAUCGGCCUGGCCUUCCUGUGGCUGCUUCCUGCGGGACAUGCCCAGCAGACGGCGGAAGAGGCCUGCUCCCUGCACAUUCUCGUCCCAGGCCUCAAAGGGGACGCUGGAGAGAAGGGAGACAAAGGUGCGCCGGGACGGCCUGGGAGAGUCGGCCCUGCAGGAGAGAAAGGAGACAUGGGUGACAAAGGACAGAAGGGCAGUGUGGGUCGCCAUGGAAAAAUUGGUCCCAUUGGUUCUAAAGGUGAGAAAGGAGAUUCUGGUGACAUAGGACCCCCUGGCCCUAAUGGAGAACCAGGCAUCCCGUGUGAGUGCAGCCAGCUGAGGAAGGCCAUCGGCGAGAUGGACAACCAGGUCACCCAGCUGACGACGGAGCUAAAAUUCAUAAAGAAUGCUGUCGCCGGCGUGCGCGAGACGGACAGUAAGAUCUACCUGCUGGUGAAGGAGGAGAAGAGGUACGUGGACGCGCAGCUGUCCUGCCAGGGCCGCGGGGGCACGCUGGGCAUGCCCAAGGACGAGGCCGCCAACGGCCUGAUGGCCGCCUACAUCGCGCAGGCCGGCCUGGCCCGCGUCUUCAUCGGCAUCAACGACCUGGAGAGGGAGGGCACGUUCGUGUACUCGGACCGCUCCCCCAUGCAGACCUUCAACAAGUGGCGCAGCGGCGAGCCCAACAACGCCUAUGACGAGGAGGACUGCGUGGAGAUGGUGGCCUCGGGCGGCUGGAACGACGUGGCCUGCCACGUCACCAUGCACUUCCUGUGCGAGUUCGACAAGGAGCACGUGUGAGCGGGC